CCGCCCCUUCCCCCCAUCAUCAUUAGCAAAUAUUACCCUAAACACUUGCUCUUUACCUCCCUUCUCCCUCCAGGCAUUGGAGAGGCCGGCUGUCAAUCAGGCGGCUCCCCUCUGCUCGGCUCAGCGGCGGUGAUCAGAGACAAGAAGACGAUCGGAGGGAAGGGAGAGCACGGAGGAGAUGGAGGAGGAGAUGCAGCCGGCAGAGGAGGGGCCCUGCAUCCCGAAAAUCUACAAACAGAGGAGCCCCUAUAGCGUCCUCAAGACCUUCUCCUCCAACAAGAGGUCCCUGCUGGCCAGGAGGUACGACCGGCCCACCAUGGUGGAGAUCCCACAUCUGGGGACACCUUUCCCCAACCAGACCCCAGCCUCCUCCAUCAGCACCGAGCCCCAGCAGCAGCAUCAUUACCAGCAGGCUCACAGCUCCUAUCACAACGGGCCCAUCCGAGCCAACCCAACCACCUCCUCCCACUGCCACACCAGGGGGGGGCAACCCGGAGCCAACAACAACAGGUUCUGCCAGCAGGCCACCAGCGAGGGCAACCUGGAACUCAGUGCAGAAAGCCGGAUGAUUCUCGAUGCCUUUGCCCAGCAGUGUAGCCGAGUGCUAAACCUGUUGAACUGUGGGGGAAAGCUUUUGGACUCCAAGCAUUCCCCAGCCUUGUCUUGUGUGAAACAGGAAAAUAACAGUUAUAGUGAAAGGUCAGACCAGUGCCAGCUUAAUAAAGCCUUUCACAGUCAAGCAUCAGACAAACCGGACGUAGAAAUGCAGUACAUUCACAAAAAGCAACAAACCUCUGCAUUCCUGAGGGUGUUCACUGAUUCCCUUCAAAACUACCUUCUGGCCAGCAGUUUCCCAGUUCGGAAUAUCUCAUCCACCAGUGAUUAUGGUCACAUGACCGACAUGGACGUUCUUUCAUCGUCUCCGGUGCAUACAAUGGGUGGGUGGGCAUCACCAGCAACCUCUGAAUCACACGGCCACCCGUCAUCCUCCACUCUUCCCGAGGAGGACGACGACGAUGAGGACGAAGAAGGCUACUGUCCCCGGUGCCAGGAACUGGAACAAGAGGUCAUCUGUCUACAGCAGGAGAAUGAGGAACUAAGAAGGAAGUUAGAAAGCAUACCAGUGCCCUGCCAGACAGUGUUAGACUAUUUAAAGACUGUACUUCAACAUCACAACCAGUUGGUGAUACAGCAGCCCAUAGAGCAGCCCUCAGAGGGCAGCAAACAGCUCCUGAACAACUACCCAGUAUACAUCACUAGUAAACAAUGGGAUGAGGCCGUUAACUCCUCCAAGAAAGAUGGAAGGCGACUCCUGCGAUACCUCAUCCGAUUUGUGUUCUCAACAGAUGAGCUUAAAUAUUCAUGUGGCCUUGGGAAAAGGAAAAGGUCAGUGCAGUCAGGAGACACUGGUCCUGAAAGACGUCCUCUGGAUCCUGUUAAAGUAACGUGUCUCAGAGAGUUUAUUAGGAUGCAUUGCACAUCAAAUCCUGACUGGUGGAUGCCAUCCGAGGAACAGAUCAACAAGGUGUUCAGUGACGCUGUAGGACAUGCACGCCAAGGACGUGCAGUGGGAACGUUCUUCCAUAAUGGAAACUCCUAUUACGAUGGCAUCGACCACCAAGUAUGUCAAGAGGAGCUUUUUAACAGAGGCUCCCACGACGGUUCUGGUGAUUGAUGUAAAGGAAAGACUGUGAAAGAAUAUAAAGUUUAAAAAAAUAAUCUCGAAAGAAAACGUUAGCCACAAAGUGAAAAACUUAGUGUAAUAGUUGGGUUAAUGUGUCUUCUGUGUUAUGUUGCUGUGCAUGGCGCCUGGAACGCCAAAGGGCCCUACCAGCAGUAAAAGUCUGCCACUAAACCAGUCCAAAGUAUACUACAAGUUUGUAAAGUGUGUGCGUAUGUGUGUAAGAGUUCCGUCAUCCUGGUAAUGCUUCAGGGACUUCCUGUGGACCCUGUGAUGUGACUGUUACUCUCUCUAUCUGGAUAGAACACAACACAGCCAAAACAAGGACACGAGUCUCACUGGACAAAGAUGUAUUGGUGUGUUGUGUAGAAUUAGCUUUAAUAGAAUUUUGCAUUUUCACAAAUGAGUUAAAUUAUGCAAAGCAGCAAAUUGUUAUAUCCCGUGUUCAAAAAACGUUGUCAUCACAAUCCCGACACUGCAGAUUUCUGUUGCCUUUUGUGUGAAUUAUUUCUAACCAUGAAUGGCUGUUUAUUUAUUUGUUCAUUCCUGUCUUCUGGGUAUCGUACUAAAGCAUAACUGUACCUUCUCAAUUUGAUAUUGUAAGGCAGGGCAGUAAAAUAAUCAACUUUGUAUAUAUAAUUCAUGAUCUGUCUUGCUUCAUUAUGUCUGUACAAGCUUUUAAAAAAGUGCACCAUGUGCAAUAAGAAAUAUAAAAAAUGUUUAAUCUCA